AUGUCCGACUCAAAAUCCCCAAAAAAUCCACUGGGCCAAUCACCCUCCAACAACGACUCCACCCCCGCAAUUGGCAGCGGACGGAACCCCUCCCCGCUCCCACGACCCCCAGCCCUCGCCCUCCCCACCCUCAUCGACCUGCGCUCCAAACGCGUGAUACUGGCCUCCAGCUCACCCCGGCGCCGCCAAAUCCUCUCCUACCUCGGCCUCCCCAAUAUCGAAAUCAUCCCCUCCACAUUCCCCGAAAACCUCUCCAAAACCCUCUCCCCCUUCGAAUACUGCCUGCAAACCGCCAUCAUGAAAGCGCAGAUGGUCUACCGGCAAGAGAUCGACAAUGAGGAGAAGGGCGAACCAGCACUGAUAUUAGCAGCCGACACGAUCGUCAUGGAUCCCUCGGGGGGGCAGAUUUUGGAAAAACCACGCUCCGAGGCACAGCAUAUCGCCAUGUUGAAAUCGCUGAGGGAUGCGGGGGAACACAAGGUCUAUACGGCUAUGGCGGCCAUGGUGCCGUUGAAGAGCGCACGGGAUCCCGGGUAUGCACUUGAGACGGCCGUGGAAGAGUCGGCGGUUACAUUUGAUAAGAGUAUCUCGGAUGAGUUGAUAUUGGCGUAUGUGCGGACGAGGGAAGGGGUGGAUAAGGCGGGGGGUUAUGGGAUGCAGGGGCUUGGUUCGAUUCUUGUGGAGAGGAUUGAGGGAAGUUAUGAUAAUGUUAUUGGGUUGCCGUUGAGGGCUACGUUGAAGUUAAUUGAGAAGGUUGUGGCGGCGGGGAAUGAUGAGGAUCGGUUGGAUGGGGAAGGGUUGGAGGAUGAGGAGGGCGGGGAGGAAUGA